AUGCAAUUAAGUCUAAUGGCAGUACGGCAGUUGCAGUUUGUCGAUGUGAUAGUUGAAAUGGGUGAAAGUGAAGGUUUUCGUAAAAUGGAACUUGAAAGAAGAGACCAAACUAGAAGCAGUUGUAACGAAAAUAUGGAACAAUACCUGGUUAACUCUACGUUACAUGGACUAAGAUACGUUGGAGAUAGGAAAAUUUCGUACUUUGAACGGACCUUCUUCGGCUUGUCCUUUGUCUUCGUUAUACUUUUGUCUGGAUAUUUCAUUACGAACGUUUGGAAUAAGUGGUCCGCGACACCUAUGAUCAUUGCAUUGAAUUCAAAGUCAACGUCAGUUACAGACAUCCCAUUCCCAGCUGUUACAAUAUGUAAUAUGAACAAUGCAAAGGCGAGCAAAGUAAGCAGUUUCGUAAAGGGUUCGUUCAAUGAAUUUCUACUGGAAGGACUGUGCAACAAACGCGAUAAUCUAUCUAGCAACGAUUUCUCAUCCAAUUGGCCACAGUUUCGUGAAUUCAUCAUUGACGUAUCACAGUCGUGCAAAGAGAUGUUCUUGUUGUGCAAAUUUGCGUCUAAGGUGGAAUACUGUAUGCGUUUAUUUGACACUGCUCUGACCGACGAAGGCUUAUGUUGCACCUUUAAUCAAGUGCAUCGAAAAUACUUGGUCGCUAAUUACAAUGUUAAUGAUGAGUGGGACGUUGAAGUUGACGAGGACAACAAUUUACAACCAACCGAUUGGACUCCAGAAACAGGCUACGUGGAAAAAAUAGAUAAUUUCCGCAGAUUUUACCCGCGACCAGGGCCGGGAUCAGGAAUUCAUAUGGGACUAACAGUCGUCUUGAAUGUUAACGUAGACGAAUAUCACUGUUCGUCAACGGACAGUAAGGGAUUUAAGGUGCUGCUGCACAGUCCGACCGAAACUCCGCAAAUACAAAAUUUUGGAUUUUCAAUUACGCCUGGAUAUGAGUCUCGAGUGGUUAUAACACCAAGAAUUUCCGAUGCAAACUUUAAAAUCCGUUCAAUACCACAGUCUCAGAGAAAUUGUAUAUUUGCCAGUGAAGGGAAUCUAGCAUAUUUCAGAACCUAUUCUCGAAAAAAUUGCGAACUGGAGUGCCAAUCCAACUUGAUUUUGGAAGCGUGCGGAUGCGUUUUGUACUACAUGCCGAGGACGAGCAAUGAAACUUCCAUCUGUAAUCGAGACGAUUACGACUGUUACAGCAAUACGAUGCGUGCGAUCGAAUUCAAAAGGAAUGAAACGUUUACAUGUCACUGCUUACCAGCUUGUUUCGAGCUUAGUUUCAGUGGUGAAAUUUCAAAUGCGCACCUGGGAACUGAACCAUUUCACACGAAAAACAAUUUUAUCAAAGCAUUUGGAAAAGGAUUUGUUGAGUGAGAGUGACGAUGAUCUGCUGGUUGUAGUUUAUUUGACUAACAAAACAUUCUCCAGCAGACGU